AUGGCACACAAAGUUGAUUGGAGUGCGGCUCUGAGGCCCGCAUCCCCAGACGGGGCGACCAUCAUCGGGGAGGAGAGGGCGAGGUCGAAUAUUUCGGUGGACAGUUUGGCCAACUAUCUCCUGACGCCUGAAUUUCUCAAACAGCAAGAUCGAGUGCUGAAAGAAGUGUUGAAAGAGCCGGUUUUCAAAAAGACGAAUCAAGCCAAUCUUUCGAGGCCAGAUAGAUACAAGCUGGGCCUUGCAAGGGGCAAAAAACUCCGCCAGCUUCAGGAUAAACUCGGCUGGAGCGAGGAUGACUAUCAUAUGGCGGUCUAUCUCUGUGACGACGUCUUGCCAUACCACUUGCAUACUGCCAUGUUCGUUACGACUGUUAGCCAGCAAGGAAAUGACGCGCAGCGGGCGUACUGGAUGCCCAAGAUUGAAGCAUGGGAGAUUAUUGGAGCUUAUGCACAGACAGAACUGGGUCACGGCAGUAAUGUUCGCGGAAUUGAAUUGGAAGCGAAAUGGGACCCUAAAGCAAAAGAAUUUGUUCUGCACAGUCCCCAUCUGACCGCGAGCAAGUGGUGGAAUGGGACCAUGGGGCGUACCGCAACCCAUGCCAUUGCGGUCGCACAGCUGAUGCUGCCCGUCUCGGGCCAUGGAGCUGAAACUAAAUAUCAAUCAUAUGGGCCGCAUCCGUUCAUCGUGCAAAUCCGAGACUCGAAGACUCAUCAACCCCCGGGGAGCAUUAUCAUCGGGGACAUUGGACCGAAGUACGGAUACGCGUCGAUGGACAAUGGAUAUAUGCUAUUCAACAACCAUAGAGUACCUCAUGAUGCGAUGCUCUCACGCUAUUCUCGUGUCGAUCCAGGAACUGGCAAAUAUACCAAGCCUGAAAACCCAGAGGUCGUUUACGGGACCCUGACUCAUGUCCGGGCUGCGAUUGUCAUGGAAGCAAGGCUCAGCCUUGCUCGAGCAGUCACAGUGGCCGUGCGAUACCUAUCUAUUCGACGCCAAUUCAAAGAUAAAGACUCUACCAACCCAUCUGACCCUGAAAUGUCCGUGUUAGAUUACCCAACCGUGCAAAUUCGUAUUCUACCGCUACUUGCCACGGCAUUUGCCCUUCACUACAGCGGUAAGGCAAUGGGAGAACUUUACACGCGAACACGCAAGAACAUCGAAGAGGGAGAUUUUGAAACUCUCGCUGAGCUUCACAGCACCUCCUCAGGCUUAAAGAGUCUUGCUACCGAUCUCACGGCCAGCGGCAUUGAAACCUGUCGUCGAGCUAUGGGUGGACAUGGAUUUGGGGCUAGUGGCCUAGUGCAGCUUAAUGCUAACUACUUAUCCAAACCUACGGUGGAAGGUGAUAACUGGAUGAUCACGCAGCAGGUAGCGAGGUACUUGAUCAAGAAGGCCAAGGCUCUAUCAGGUUCCGUGAAGAGCCGCGCAACGACCCGCACCGAGGAAAAUUUGGAGCGAUACAUGUAUGCAAGACAGAAGACCUUUAAUUUGGGCAUAUUUCAAGACGAUGCUAGCAUCCUGCAAGCAUAUGAAUGGAGGGUGGCGUAUCUCGUAUUCAAAGCAUACGAGGCGCGAGAGAUCCAGAAAAAGCCAUGGAACAGCCUUCUCAUCGAUUUUCACAAACUAAGUCGAGCAUACUCCCAAUCCAUCCUCGUCUUCAACUUCCACCAAGCCAUCCAACCCACCAACCCCGACUUUGCACAUUUAGACUCCACCACCCGCACCGUACUCCGCGAGCUCUUUCACCUCUUCGCCUUCACCACCAUGGACGCCGAGGCACGGGAAUUCUCUAGCUCAGGCGCGGUGUCGAAUGAAGACCUCGACGCUCUCCCCGCACGGGUGUUAGAACUCAUGGGCCGGAUUCGUCCGCACGCGGUACGGCUAGUGGAUGCGUGGAAGAUUCCGGACUUCGUGCUGGAUAGUGCGCUGGGUCGAUACGACGGAAAGGUAUACGAAGACCUGUUUGAUAGGGCGCACAGGCAGAAUCCGCUUAACAAUGAGACAUUCAACCCGGAUUAUCGGACUGAUGAGAUCGUGUUGGGCAGUGGAGACGCUGGACAGAUCUUAUCCAAGCUGUAA